CAAUUCGGUUGUGUUCAGACGGAAGCAAAGCCGAAAUAAAGUGUGUUUUACUCGACACGCUCUGAACUGAAACACGCUGGCUCCUACAAAACUACAAGCUCCUUUUUUUUCUCCUCAGUUUCUUUCGGUGUCUAAAAAUCCAACAAAACCCACGUAGGUUUCUCUCUUAUAUUUAUGGCCCAUCUCUAGAUCCGUCGUCUUUUGUCGUAAUUCCUCAUGAUUGGAUGAUUUGUUCAUAAAGAUUCAUCCUUUCCAGUCCAGGUAAAUUUAUAAGCGACAGAGAUGGCGGGGGCGGUGGUGAAAGUUAAGAGAGAGAUACUUGAAGCAUGCAUGACAUGCCCUCUUUGUAACAAGUUGUUUGAUGAAGCCACUACAAUCUCUAAGUGUCUUCACACCUUCUGCAAGAAGUGCAUAUAUGUGAAGCUCGCGGAUGAUGAUGUGGGGUAUUGUCCUGUAUGCCAUAUCGAUCUGGGCUGUCUUCCUGUGGAGAAGCUAAGGGCAGACCACAAUCUCGAAGAUGUAAGAGCUAAAAUAUUCCCGUAUAGAAGAAGAAAGGUUCAAGCUCCUGAAGUUAUGCCUUCUAUUUCUCUUCCAGCCAAAAGGAAGGAGAGGUCACUAUCAUCAUUGGUGGUCAGCACUCCCAAAGUGCCUCUGCAGACUGGUCUGACUGGAAAGAGGACAAAAGGAAGUACAAGAAAGGCUUCAGCUUUACGAGGAUGUGGUUUUGUUAUUGAAGACAAGAAGGAAGAUUCUGCUGAAGAUCGUCCAAUAAGCUCAAGCUCACCUGAUUCUUUUGUUAAAAUUACUCAAAAUAAAAGGCAGGAUUCUUGCAAGGCUGAGCCUUAUAAUGAGCAAAGGGCUUAUGAAGAUACUGAGAAUGAUGUUAAAAUGAUGGAAGGGAAAACUGAUCUCUGGACACCUUUAAACUGUCUUGUAGAAGCUGCGAACAGAACCAAGUCUUCCAAGUCAAGUUCACAGGGGCUUUCUCUUGUCAAAUCAGAUCUGCAUAAUGACCCUGAUUCUGAACUAUUUAGGCCUGAAACCAAUUUUAAAGUAGGUUUGCCAAAUGCUCCUGGCCGUGAAGUAUGCUUGUCUAGAUCCAAACUGAAGGAGCAUGGACAGAAUACAAAAUUCCAUGAUGACAAGAAUGGAAAAAUUUUACUUUCAGGACCCAUAAAGCGUAGAAGGUUGCAUGCAGCAGCUAAGAAGAGGGAACCUGAAUCUAAUGAGUUGUGUGCUGCUGCAGAAGUCAUGGUUGAUGCUUCAGGAGCUAAGCAUAAAAGAAGGAAUAGUCCAGUCUGGUUCUCAUUAGUUGCCUUGGAAGAUCAGAAAGAUGAUGCUUGCUUGCCACAGAUCUCAGCAUGCUACUUGAGGAUAAAGGAUGGUAAAAUGCCCGUCUCAUUUAUUCAGAAGUACCUUGUGAAGAAACUCGAUCUUGGCAGUGAAGCUGAGGUGGAGAUAUUAUGCAGGGGUGAGCCGGUGCUUCCAACAUUGCAGCUUCAUAACUUAGUAGACCUGUGGUUUCGGACAACAUCAACAGCGAAGAAGGUACCGGCAUCUGUGGGCUCAUCAGCAAAGGACUUCGUAAUGGUGUUAUCAUACUGCAGAAAAGUCCUAGUCUCCUGAAACUCUACUGCAAAUUUUCUUUACUGUAAAAGUUACAUAUUUAUGUUAUUUUUAUUCAAUUGUAGAAUCAUCUCAGAUUCACAGCCAUGUAGAAUAAUAUGGGGUUUGCAGUUUGCUACUCAUUUGGGCUUGUCCCAUGCUUAAUAUUUGCACGUUACACUCACGAGAUUUGUUGAGUUUCUUUCUUUA